UCGAAGAAGAAAACCAAAAAAUGAAACCCACAAUCGAAUCAAACACGGCAGCUACAGGGUGGAGUAGUACUGUGCAAUAACAAUUCCAAUUUCAUCCAUCCACUCGUACACGAUCAUCUUCCCCUCCCAUUCGGCUUCAGAUCCUUCACUAUUCGAGAUUCAAGAUCCAGAGUUCAAUGGAAAAGACCGACAGAGACUCAUCCUUGUACGACAUCGUUUUGCAGGUGGGUCUGGUCCUGGUAAUGAUCUUCUCUUACCUCUUCAUGCACGACGUUCCCAAAAGGGUGUUGGCCAAGCUCCGUCUGAGAAACCGCGCCGACAUCCAAGCCAAGCGUCACUUUGUCCAUGGAGCCCAACUUCUGGCCCGAGCCCGAUCCUCCAAGUCCCGGCCCAUGGCCAAGGAAGCCCAGGCCCAGGCCCAACAGGCCAUCGCCCUCGACCCUAACGACGCCGCCCCUCACCUUCUUAAGGCCCUCGCCCUCGAUUUCCUAGGCCUCCGCUCCGCUGCCCUCGACUCUCUCGACGAAGCCCUCUCCUCACGCGCCGCUAAGUCCCUCACCGAUAUGGAGCGUGGAGACGCACUCCUCAAGAGAGCCGAGUUGAGACUCGGCACGAGUCAACGCGGCCGAGUCGACUCAGCCCUCGAUGAUUUAACCGAAUCGAUUAAGUUAAGCCCCAACAAUGCGAAGGCUUUUUGCGCGUUGGGAGAGUGCUACGAGCGAAAGAAGAUGAACGAGGAUGCCAUUAAGGCUUACAAAGAAGCUCUACGGUUGGAACCACAAUUGCGGGUGGCUCAACAAGCUCUCCACAAUUUGGAGAACAAUUGAGGUUUCGAAAAGAAAUUUAUCUCAAACCAGUUUAGGUAUUGUUAGUGUCUUACCGUGUUUGGAUUACAGUUUCAUAGAUGAGUAACAUAUUUGGGUCUAACUGUGCUUUGCAAAUUAUAUUGGAAAUUUGGAAGUGUAUGCGCUGAUAUGGGAUGAAAAUUUUACAUCUUGCUCUGUCAAUUUGGUUUCUCAGAUGAUUAACGCAUGUAUAGUUUAUUUUUUAGAAUUUUUGGAGAAUUUUUAAAACACUUGUAAAUAAAUUAUUGUCUUUAAAAUUGG